AUGGACGCUAGCCCCGGGAGAGAUUGGGCCAAGGCUCUGGAGGAGGUCCACGCGAAGACCUUCUCGGCGUACCUCUCGCUUCGCCAACGUGCCGUGAACGACGACUCGCAGCCGCUUCGAGAUGUCGUCACUACUCUCAGGCUGCUUGUCGGUGCCACGCAGAGCCUAGCAUUGCUUAUCGAGGAGCUGCGCAUGCGAGAGCUGGACUUCCUGUUCGACGGACCAAAACCUGGUCGCAACCUGCUCGACACCUUGAAUGGCACUUUGAGCGACCUGAAUCUGGCUACUCAAGGGGAAACUAUUGAUGAAAAAAUCCUGGUCAAGCUUCGCGCUGUUUUAAGCGGCCUCAGAACAGCUGCCGCUACCGACCACCACCUUGACUUCGAGCUCUGCUUAUCCACCAUUGGCUCCUCAUCUGUCGCAGAACAACGGCCUCAGCCUGCGCUGUCUACAUUGAAUGACACUCACCAUCAUGACGACUCCUACAACGAUGCUCUGGCAUGUGUUGAGCAGAUCUGCGGCCCCGAUGUUCAGCUAGCCAAGCCAUGUGACUAUUACGUGUACAAGGCGAAGCUGGCGGAGAGAGAUGUGGAGCGGCCAUCCUAUGGCACGUACGCGCUGAGACUGCCAGAGCUUGUCGAGAAGCACUGGGGAAGUAUUCGCCGAGACAAGAGUGUAGCUCCCGAAACGGCACAGUAUGCCUUUCAAUCCGAUUUCAAGCACCUUUUCUCUCCAAAACUAAAGUCGGGGAACUUUGAGAAUUGGGUUCUCGAGUACGCGCGCCAACAGUGGCCCGAACGAUUUGAUCCAACCUCCCCGAGCUUUUCGACGAAACCUCUUUUGCGGUUGAUGUCACAAGUUUCCGACCCUUCGCUUCGUCCUAUCCACGUCGCAGCUGCGUUGGGCAUGGCCGAAGUCUGCCAGUGGCUGAUAUCUGCCGACCCGGAGUCUAUUCGAGUGAGGAGCCCCUGGGGAACACCGUUCUACUGCGCCUUACUUGGUCCCAAUGCUUUCCUCGGACGCGUGGCAGAUCCAGUGGAGCUCUUAGCAGACAUGCGCACUCCGGUCAAUCAAAAUGGGACCCUCGUCGUUCUCCAGAAUGCCGGUGGCGCAUUGAAAGGGACUGAUUCUUCAAUCAUUGGGCCAAGUCAAGAUGAGCCUGUGUCUCUGGCUACUUUGGCAUUUCUUGUGUGCAACUUUCUUCAGUCACCAGAGAAAUUUCUCAACAUUAUGGACCACAACCCCGACGUCUCUUUUUUCGACGAGCGUUUUCUAACUUUGUUUCGCUCAAAUCGCUCAGAGAGAUCGACAUUGAGAAAUUGGCCGAUCCCAUUUCCCCCAAUCUAUCUUAAUUUCCUCGGUAGUGUUUUACCGGUAAUCCUGGACAGAGCCGUCGUCAACUAUGACAGCUACAACGAUAUGUCAAUGUUAGCCACGGGUGUGUACGACAUGAUUGGGUUUUUCGAACUUGUACCGGAAUAUCUCCAGCGAGCCUCCUCACUUCUAAACAUCACCCCCAAGGCUUACACUACGCUCGUUCGGGAGGCAGUCCAGGAUCGUGAGGUGGACGUUGUUCGAAGACUCACCGAAGAUCCGCGCUGGGAUCCAAACGCCUUCCUUCACAAAGAGAUACCGUCUCUGCAACCGACCGGUGAUUCUUCUGACGUUCCGGAUAAGGGAACAUCCAUUUUACAUUGGGCCGUGGAAUCCGAUGACUUGGCUUUGACCCACCUCAUAUUGAACUCUGGAUCGGAUGUUCACGUCCGGAACCCAAGGAAUCAAACACCAAUGUUGCUGUCUGAAUCUCCCGAUGUCUUCAACCUUCUCCUAAGUCAUGGGGCACAAACGACUGAUACUGAUGAGGACGGGAGAAACAUCUGGCACGUUGCAGCAGCGAACUCCGACAUUGAUCUGAUCAAUUGCCUUCUCGAGAACGACGAGAACCAGGACCAGAAUCUGAGGGCAAGGAUGCAAGGGGGACAGACUCCAAUCGCUCAAGGCGUCAUCUACCCAUUCAAGCAGAUGAUUAAAGGUCCCAAGUCGCCACCAAAACCACCAUUCGGGGCUUUGCAUCUCCUGAAGUGGUGCAAGAAAGACCCGCUUUAUCUUCGCAGCCCGAAGCCUCUGCUAUUUCUAGCAGCCGAGUGGGGCUCUGAACCUUUGGCGUCAAGCCUGCUCGAGUUUGGUGCGGACCCUAAUGCUGUCGAUGACCAUGGGCGGUCUGUGCUACAUUAUUUGAACGCAUCUGCAACGCCAGAGCUUGUACGGACGCUCAAGAAUGGCUGCAAAGCGCCGGCUCUAGACGGUCGUGGACUGUCACCAGCGGAAACGAUAUUUGCCGCUUUCAAUCUGGAAAGGGGUGGGCGUCUCUCGAAAAAAGCCCGGAACCACCCAGCGUACUCUGAGCCACUCAAAGCUUCCGCAUACGAAUGCCUCCUCACGCGAGAUGUUCUUGCUUCGCGUAAUGCAUCUGGGGCUGGCCUUUGGGAACGAUUCGCGACGACGGUGAUCGCCGAGUGGAGCCCUCGUUGGCCAGAGGGGCUGGAUGCUGGACCGUCUAUAGUAACGGCACUCAAUGCUCUAGUCAAGAUGUGGGCACUGGCCGACUAUGAAACCUCCACGCAAAGUUCGGCGCUGUUCCCCAUCCUUGACACUUGGAUUGAAGGCUUGCCAACUCAUUCCGAGGUCCCGCCUUGGAUGGGGGAUGUCUUUGGCUGCAUCUUGAAGGCGUCGGGUUUCAAAGAUUCUCUGAAGACUUCCUCCGAAGCCAUCACAUUGCUGAAAGCUUGCAUACAGCAAGGCAGAGGCGACCUUGUGUCUAAGCUUCUAAGAGCGGGUAUCUCUGUCCAUGAAAGGGUAGAUGGUACUUCAGCGCUUGAAGUGGCGUGUCAAGGUGAAGAAACAUCUCGUUGCAAUCUUGAGAUGUUCGAGAAUAUAUUAUCUCACGUGGAAGUAGAAAAGCUCAAUGAGGUUGAAGAGGAAGGGACCAGCCUGUUAGAAUGGCUGUUGGAAGACUUGGUAUCAUCACGAGAUAAGAAGCUAUCCUACCUAUUGGAUUAUGGAUGCGACCCAAAUGCCGGCUCUGCAGCCCGUGGCAUCCCUAUUGUUCUCAACUACAUCAUGCAUAACCAGAUCGAUGGUGCCAGGACGCUUCUCAGACACGGUGCAGACCCUUCAGCUACCGAUACAUACGGUAGAGACUCGGCACUGACAGCCGUAUCAGUCGGGUCUCUCCGUCUUGUCGUAUGCCUGAAGAACUUUUAUUAUGCGGAUAUCUAUUGGGCUAGAACGUGUACUUCCCAAUUCGAGGUAAAAUCCGUUGCCGGGUCUAAGCGUACCAUCAUCUCAAACACUUUCAACGCCCUACAUAUUGCCUCGAUCGACGGCCACGAGGCCAUUGCGGACUUUUACAUCAAGGAACUCAGACUCUCAACCAAUGUAGCAACGCUGCAUGAGCGAUGGACACCUCUGCACUGUGCCGCCCUCGGCGGUUCGACAUCUUGCAUGCGAGUACUCAUCGAACACGGUGCGGACCCUACGAGAGAAGAUUACCAAGGCCGAACACCGCUCAUGAUCGCCGUUGAGGCCGGCGAUGCCGAGGCCGUGCGCUUGUUGCUGAAGGUUUGCUCGGCGAAGAUGUCGAUCGAGAAACCUUUCUUGCGUGCCCUUGAAAUCGGUUACGGUGUGUUGCUCGUGCUAUUCGCCCCUUACUUGACGACUCUUCUUCCUCGUCUUCCACCAACACCAGACGAAGCUCAGGCGCCCCGGGGCCACCUAGCUGGGGCCAUUCUCGAAGCACUGAUCGUAGAGGGAGACAAGACAGCAUGGAAGACCUGCGAAAGAGUCUUGGAGUAUCUGGAUCGUGCAGCUUUGAACGACAUCAGGCUGUCCUGCGGAGAAUGCUCCCCUGUCGUGUUCGCACUCAGGUCGGGCUGCUACAGAACCUGUCUUCGCCUUCUGCAACAUGGCAUGAGACCAGAAGCCAUCACUAAACAGUGUCCUCGUCACUUCCACGCACCGCCAUCAUCUGCGCAUGAGAGCAUUCACCCAUGCACUGUCUUACACCUGGCUGUGCAUCACUUGUCUGAGAAGAGAUCCGCCAAGCGGCACAUACACGAAAUUGUCCAAUUUCUCCUUCUUCACACCGACUGGUAUCAACACCCGAUAAGUCCGAUACACUAUGCUGUCACUUGCAGGAAUGGGGCUGCAAAUGCGGCAUUGCUGGCUAUUCUGGCGCACCUGAAGAUGUACUCCUCCAGAUACCGAGACAUGGUGCCGGAAGGCCAGUUUCGGAUCACUGACCGAACGAACCCAGACCACGCCUGGGCGCACAACGAGCAGAAGGUUCUAUCCCAUUUUUUCAACCAACGUAUUUCCUCCGAUGCGUUUUCGCCGGAAUUUCAAAAGGGCGAUUCCCCGCUUCUCCUGGCAACUAGGGUAAAAUCAUCAACAUCUAUGCAAAUCAUCCAGAUACUGGUGACCCACGGCGCCAAUCUGUCCGAUGGCGACGCCACAAACCCACUCCACGAGGCGGCUAGGAACGACUUUGUCGAGGCUGUCGAGUAUCUUUUGCAGGUUGGGGCCAACUGCAGCCUUCGGGACGCAAAUGGAUUUACGCCGUUGAUGGUCGCCGUUGCUGGAGGAAAUCUGGAUGCCGCGAAGGUACUCGUCAGUCAUGGUGCCAGCAUACGCGUGCGGGAUACACAUGGCACGGGGUUGCUCGGCAUCUGUGCGAAGUCCAAGAAUCCGGCCGCCUUGCAAUGGCUGCUCGGUCUUGGGCUGGAUCCCUAUGAGUCGGAUCAGCAGAAUCUGACGGCGCUACACCGCGCACUCUGCAAUCUCCAUCUUUCCAGCCUCGUUUUGAACUACGGCUUUGACCUUUCAAAUAUCGUACGAGGGGGCAGCAAGGACUUCCUGGCUGAGUUAUUCAACCAAAGAAGGGCGUCAGAGAGCCUCCUCAAGAUGCUGAAGCGGCUUCCAACAGAAGAGAGAUUGACUUUGGUCAAUCUUUCUCCGGGAGACCCCUUCACCCCUCUCUGCCGCGCAGUCGUGGAAAACGACUUGUCUCGUGCCCGCGUGCUCCUGGAAUACGGCGCAAAGCUUGACGAAGAAGGCACGUCUGAGGGAUCUGCGUUGAUGCUGGCGUGCUCGUUCGGACGGAUGGACUUUGUGAAGAUGUUCGUCCGCCUCGGCGCCAGCAUUUCGUACACGGCUACUCUCCCCGGGGGGCAAGUUGUCUCCAGAAACGCCUUGGCCUUGGCAGAGCAAUUCGCUGAGAUUCAGAGAUGGAUUCUUGUGGAGAGGCAUAUAUCGCAGCGCAGACUCGGGGAUGUUGACCCCGAGGCGAUGGAUGUUGAUCAAGAAGUGAAGCCGUGGGCUGGCGUUUGCAAAACGGAAUACGACGUCUUAGAUACCGGGAUUCUCAUUGCUCGUGCGGCAAGGGAGUCGAGCUUGGAUUAUGUGAAGAAGCUUGAGGGGAUACGGAGGGGACUUAGGGGAACAGUAUUGAUGAGAGCUGUCGAGCUGGAAAAUUAG